AGUGGCGGGGCGGCCUUUCUGUAUGAGCUCACUUCCCAGGCCCUCCGCCUGCGAGGAGGGUGCGGGCCUGCUAUGUCCGUCGCAGGCAGGCGCUGCUAGUUUCCCCUCCGGUUGAGUAGCGGGGAGUAUGGAGCAGGGGCUGUCCGCUAUUACCCUGUACUGCGCACCAGCUGCCACCGCCGCCACCUGCGCCAUGGACCAGGAGCAGUUGCAUGCAAAUGGCGAUAGAGGUUUUGAGAAUGUGGAACUUGGAGUCUUAGGAAAAAAGAAGAAAAUUCCAAGACGGGUCAUUCACUUUGCAAGUGGAGAAACCAUGGAAGAAUACAGCACAGAUGAAGAGGAAGAUGAGCAGCAGGAGAAAAAAGAUCUCUUGCCUUCUGUUGAUCCAGCAUCACUUACAUGGGGGCCUUACUUAUGGUUUCAUAUGUUAAGAGUUGCCACAUCAACACUCUCAGUGUGUGACUUCCUUGGGGAAAAGAUCGCCUCUGUCUUGGGAAUCAGUACACCAAAAUACCAGUACGCCAUAGAUGAAUAUUACAGGAUGAAAAAAGAGGAGGAAGAGGAGGAAGAAGAGAACAAAAUGUCUGAGGAAGCAGAAAGAAGGUAUCAGGAGGCACAGAACCAGGUGCAGGAAGGGAAUGCUAUUCAGACUGAUCAGCCAGAGGCUGCAACCUGUAAUACUUUUGUCAAUCUAAACUUUGAAACUGAAGGUGACUGCCCACCUGUUGUGGAAAGUAAACAGGACAUCACUCCAGUGUCUGCUUAGAAUGAAAAAACAUUGCAUAAUAAUUCCAUGUUACUUAAUUUGUCAAAGUUUGUAGGUCUGUCUUAUGCAUGUUCAGUGGGAUGUAAUUUAUUUAAAAGUAUGGGGGGGAUUAAUAAUGUCUCUUCAGUCACCAUCUGUCUAAAAAAGGCUAAGACGUUUUGCUUAACCUGUCUAUUAGAUUGUAACAUGAAAUUAAUUUGGUCCUAAACUAACUUCUAUCUAUGCAGAACAAGUAAAAUGUCUUUUUUUCUGAACAUCUGGUGCCUUGUUGACAGGUGUGGACAGAUAACUGUGCUUCUUUGUGUCUUCAGGUUGAUUUUUUAUUUGUAAAUGAAACCUUGGUGGAAGACUGCUAGACUAAAUAGAACUAACUCACAAGGCAUCUUUGUGACUUAGUUUAAUUACCACUAUUGCAUGUGUUUUCAGUCAUACAGUUCAUACCAACGUGGCUUUGUUUAGUACCUGUUAAACUGUUUUCUAGAUGACUUUAUCUUACAAUUUUGUUGUCUUGUAAAUGACUGCCCUAUUAUUGGUUUUCCUAAAGCAUACUGUUACCACUUAGUAGAAAGAAAUUUAAUGUACAGUCAGCUGAAUAUGUAAAUGCUGGCUUUAUUAAUUGUGCUGAGAAGAAAACUCAGCUGAGACUCCAGCAUUCAAAAGCUUUGACAAUUUAUCUCUACUUUGUAAGAUUCUGGAACAGGUGCUAAACUUGCUGAAAACUGGGAGUGAAAAGUGUUUUUUUUUAAGUAUUCUUCAUGAUGCUGGGCUAAGGUCUGCUAAAUUCGUUACUGGUGUUACACUUCUGCAGUACUCUUGCCUAAGCUUAAAAACCAGGCUAAAUUGGUGAUAGGAAUUUAUUUUUUUUGUAUUUAAAUAAGAUCUAUCUAUUAUGGCAAUAGAGAGCAGUUUUCUAGUUGACAAGGUAUUCUAGCUCUAGUACACGGAAACACUUUCUCCAAGACAAUCCUUAACUAAUUUUCACCAAACAGCCACAGGACAAAUGUUUAUAAGUAUAUACAGCAGGAUGCAGAAGGCCUUCAUAAAAAAUUAUGACUGAACUGUUUGUGUCCUGGCUUUCGGUGGGUGGACUGAACUUUUGUUUCUUUAAAACACACUUAAUGAAUUUUAAUUUUGUCUUGAGUCCUUUUACUAAAAACCUAUGCACUUGUAUAAAACAAGAAGGGUUAGGAGGCAGCAGCACAACACACACCCAUACUGUUCUUCAGUGCCUGGGAGAACCAAAAAGACAUGUGGAUAAAUAUGGAAAGGCAGAGAACACACAAAAUUAUUGUCAUCGUUUUCAGGCAGGUGCUCAGAGGAGGAGUACUUUGAGAAGUUUUGCUUAAUUUGAGAAUGUUACAAUAGCUUUAACUAAAGAUAGCUGCAACUAUUUUAUUUAAUUCUAAAGUUUGCAUCCCUCUUUGACUAGAGAAUCAUGCUUGUUUCAUGUCAGCCUUAAACUAUAUAUGUCAAGUCUGUGUUUAAUAUCUUUGUAGAGUGACAAGCCUGAGGCAUCACAGUUAAGAACUGAGUAUUUUGAUUGCCCAGAUCUAGAAUAUUUAAGCUAGCCAAAAUGUGCUUCCCACAUGGAAUGGAGAUGGGCUCACUGUCAUGGAAUUACUCUAGUCAGCUGUGCCUUACCUUUAAUAUUUCUUUUGUGUAUGCAAAUGGUACAGAAGUGUUUCUUGUAAAUGCAUUAAAAUUUUAUAUUUAAUAUAAUUUUAAACAACCGUUGCUAAGAGUCAUUCUUAUAGUGCAGGCAAAAUGCUGUUUGAAAUACGCAGAGAAUGAUGUCGGAGUUGUUCUAAGCCAACAGAUGACAGCACACAGUAGAGUCAAAAGGUAUUUUACUUUUAACUGAGGGUAGUUGGUGGUUUUUCUGAAAUGUUAUAUAUUCACUAUACCCAUCCUUACAAAUACUGUAGAAACCCAGGUAUGACUCCAAGCCCUGUAUAUGUAAGAUCUUG